UUUAGCUUAACUUAGCCUGGCUGUUGACAGAACAGGGAACGAGUCGUUUAAUAACUAUGACUUAACUGUUGGCUAACUAGUUAGCUUAGCCUAGCCUGGCUGUUGACAUCUUGGGAACAAGCCGUUAACUAACUGUGGCUAACUGUUAGCUAACUAGUUAGCUUAGCUUAGCUGAGCUUGGCUGUUGACAGCUAGGGAACGAGACGUUAACUUUAUGUGGCUGACUGUUGGCUAACUAUUUUGCUUAGCUGAGCUUGGCUAUUGACAGCUAGAGAAUGAGCCGUUAACUAACUGUGGCUAACUGUUAGUAACGAGUUAGCGUAGCUUAGCCUGGCUGUUAGCAGAGCAUAAAACGAGUCGUUGAAUAACAGUGGCUAACUGUUAGCUAGCUAGUAAGCGUAGCUUAGCCUAGCCUAGCCUGGCCGUUGGCGGAACAGGGAGCGAGCCAUUAGCUAACUGUUGCCAACUGUAAGCUAACUAAUUACCUUAGCAGUUUAAUAACUGUGGCUGACUGAUAGUUAACUAGUUAGGUAGCUUAGCUUAGCCUUUUUAAAUCCGUAAAGGGAAUUUGAAUAGGAAACCUUGAUGUUGAGCUAAAUCUAACUAAAUGAACUUGUACAGCAUUAUUCGAAUGUGUAGCUGUGUAGCUUUUUUUUUUUUAAUAAACAAAUAAGGCAUUUUAGAGCAGAUUCAGAUUCAGUUAUUUAUCACAUCCAAUACCCCUGAUGACAUUUCUGACCUACACCAGGAAUACAGAACUUGUUUGGUUGUUGUGUGGAGAGCAGAUGAGCAGCAACAUAAACAAGAGGGCACCGACAACAGCAACACAAAGACUGAAGCAGGAUUACCUGCGAAUAAAGAAAGAUCCAGUCCCAUACAUAUGUGCAGAACCUCUUCCCUCAAAUAUUUUGGAGUGGCACUAUCUCGUCCGUGGUCCUGAAAAAACUCCCUAUGAGGGGGGAUAUUAUCAUGGCAAGCUCAUAUUCCCCAGAGAAUUCCCUUUCAAACCACCAAGCAUAUACAUGAUAACACCCAACGGCAGAUUUAAGUGUAAUACGAGAUUAUGUCUCUCCAUCACUGAUUUCCACCCCGACACCUGGAAUCCAGCAUGGUCAGUGUCCACCAUUCUCACUGGUCUGUUGAGCUUCAUGGUAGAAAAAGGUCCAACCCUCGGCAGCAUCGAAACCUCAGAUUUUACAAAAAGACAGCUGGCUUCACAGAGUUUGGCUUUCAAUAUUAAGGACAAAGUGUUUUGUGAGCUGUUUCCAGAUGUUGUCGAUGAGAUCAAGCAGAAGCAGCGAGUGCAGGAGGAGCUGAGCUCGCGCUCCCAGGCCCUGCCUCUCCCCGACGUGGUGCCGGACGGAGAAGCUCCUCACCACGCGCAGAAUGGCCACCCGGGCCUGAACGGGCACCUGCCCGCGGGGGCGGCCCACCAGCCCCCCGACCUCCAGCAGGUCAACCGCAACCAUGGACUCCUCGGAGGAGCGCUCGCUAACCUUUUCGUCAUUGUCGGAUUCGCCGCUUUCGCCUACACAGUCAAAUACGUGCUGCGGAGCAUCGCACAGGAAUGAGUUAAGGAACAGCCCCCACCUCUUACCCCACCUCUUACCCCCUCAACCACAUGCCGCCCCCCCCAACCACCCCAACCCUUACGAUAAAUCUACGAUGAUCAUCUGAAGAUGGAGUAAAGAUGGAGACAGGACCUGCUCUCACGACCAAAACCAGGGGGUUUUCUAUUCUUUUGCCCCAAAUAAACUCCAAAUGAACUUCACGUGGCUGAUGAAUCGAGUUCUUCGCCAAGCAAAUGAGAAAAAGAGAGAGAGCCACGUGAGCCCCGGUGCACAUCUAUCUGUAAAACGGCCGCAGUGUGGAAGUGAGUGUGUUUACACAGCUCUGAAAAAAUUAAGAGUUCAGUUUCUGAAUCAGUUUCUCUGAUUUUGCUAUUUAUAGGUUUAUGUUUGAGUAAAAUGAACAUUGUUGUUUUAUUCUAUAAACUACAGACAACAUUUCUCCCAAAUUACAAAUAAAAAUAUUCUCAUUUAUAGCAUUUAUUUACAGAAAAUGAGAAAUGGCUGAAAUAACAAAAAAAGAUGCAGAGCUUUCAAGUUCAUAUUCAUAAAGUUUUAAGAGUUCAGAAAUCAAUAUUUGACUCCACCAGUCUUACACACUGCUUUUGGAUAACUUUAUGCUGCUUUACUCCUGGUGUAAAAAUUCAAGCAGUUCAGUUUGGUGGUUUGAUGGUUUGUGAUCAUCCAUCUUCCUCUUGAUUAUAUUCCAGAGGUUUAAAAUUUUGCAAAAUCCAAGAAACUCAUAAUUUUAUAUGCUCUCUUAUUUUUUUCCAGAGCUGUAGAGGUAAACAAAACAAAAUAAUAAUUAUUAUAAUAAAGGUUGAGGUUUCUACCUGCUCUAUUCAACCUCCAUUCUAAAUGGAUUAGGUUGGAUUUGCUGUGUUGAAGGGAAACUCCAGUGAUUUCCAGCUUGACUGUUCUCUGCAGCACAUGGUCUGUGGGUGUGAGAAUGAUUUCUGGUUGCUAAAGUCGUUAGAGUCACACGGACGAUUCUAACCAGAUGCAGCCGGUCACGAUCAUUACCAUCCACUGCGCUGUCCCUAUGGUCCAUAUGCGCUGUCUAUAAUGUCUGUUUUUUAUGGCGUUUCUCCAGUACACAUUUGAUUCUGUGGAAAAUGGACAAAUUCAGAAAUGGAAAGUCCCAUCCAGCUGACACAGAUCCAGUGCUGAGAUCAGGUUGAAAAACACUGGAGUAUUCCUUUAAAGAAGGAAAACCUUGUGUGACCAUGACGUGAUGUUUUCCUCUUCAGACCAGGCAGUUGUACAUCACCUUAUUUCUAACAGCCCCUUUAUUUCAGCACAUCAUCUGUUAAGAUGGUAAGAUUUUACAAGAAGCUCUUGAGAAGUGUAGAGAUCGUUUCUUCUAAAAGGUUUGCUCCAAAAUGCUUUACAUUAUUAUUCUUAUCUUCUUGAUCAGAACACCUGCAGUACUUUUUGCAGUUGAUGAGCGUGGAUGGAAUAGAACUUGCUAAAACAUACUAGAACAUGCUCUACUGUUUUUAAGGUGUUCUAGAUGCUCCUUUUUCCCCCGCACUGAAUGGUUUUAAUCGAAAUACUGAAUAAUUCGGUCAUUAAUGUGUAAAGCUCUUUCCCGAUGGUAUUAGUUUCUCAGGGGGUUCUGGGUAAUUUUCUCUCUUUUAUGGGGUUUUUAUCCUCUGUGAUUUUAUUCCUGUCCAGAACAAUCAUGUUCGUGUUUUUCUCAGACGUCCUCUGAGAAAAUUACAGGCUGAAUUAUCUACUGUUUUUCUCUGAACUCCGUGCUCCUCCGGUAUUUUUAGUCCCGUCCGGACGCACAUCUCUGAGUUUCGUCUCCUCGCCUUUAAUAAAAUAAUAAAAUAGCUAUUUGUCCACUGCCGUGCAGCGUAAUUACACUUUGGGCGUGCCAUGGUUUCCAUGGAGAUCCAUGUUAAAAAAAAAAAACAACAGCGAGUAGAAAUGGAGGAGCUACUGAACGCCUAAAACUCACUGGUCCUCCUGUUUUUUCAAUUACAGUCCGGAUGCAGGGGUUUUAUCACUAAAGACUAGAAGUGUGAAAUAUUUUUCACAGACUUCCCCCUGAGAAACUAAUCCUGUCUGGAUGGGGCUUAAGGAAACACAGUAAUUCAGUAAUUCUGGGUUUGGUGUGAAAUGGUGAAUUGUUUUAGUUGAGUAACUUAUCAACUGUGGUUUCUUUAGUGGUGAUGAUCAGACUUAGGGUUCUAGAUGUCUCGUUACUAGAGUAACCAGAAGGGGUUGGUUCAUUCAUCCUAAAAAAAAAUAAUAAUAGUGCAAGAGCCCUUUUGUUUGGUAGCUUUUAAACUUUAAACUUUGUUUUGAAGGCUGUCUGGUACCACUGCUAAGAGAUGGAUCAUUUCACACCAAACUGCUGUAAAUUAAAUUCUGAAUACUUUUACAAAUUAAUGGCUGAGUUAUAAGGAUCUGUUAGAUUUUUUUCUUAAGCAGGAUCCAGUGCACAUGAAGGUAAGGUGCUUCUCCUAAAAUGUUAAAUUACAGGUUUUAUAUCAGGUAGUUUAAGAUUUGCAGUUUAGAAGGUUGUUUCAAGUACAAAUGGUGUACUUUAACCUCAUGGCUGCAGCCAAUCCAGUUCUACUUUAAAGGAGAAAUCCAGAGUGAAAUGGACUUGGGUUGUAGUAAAAUAUUAUGAGAACUAAUAUUUGUUUAGAAUAGCCCUCCAGCCCUCUGUUAUCCCCCAGCAUUCCCAAAUACAGAGCUUUUAGCAGAAGCUCCCAGCUAACAUGCUUACAGUGCUAGUGAUUGGGGCAUAGAGCCUUGGCUAACAGCGCUGUAUUUAGAAACGCUGGAGGAGAAUGGAGGUGGAAUAUUUAAUAAAAGUUUGUACUCUUUAUAACAUUUUACUACAACCCAAGUCCAUUUCACACUGAAUUUCUUCUUUAAAAUGUGAUUAUUGGUACCUGGAUUCUGAUUUAUUUCAGGCAUCUCUCUUUCUCUCGUCUGGAAUUUCAUAAAUGAAUCUCAUCCUAUUAGACCAUCCAACACUAUGAUUUGUUCUGUUGUGUGUGUAUUUGUGGGAUGUUCACUACUGCUUUCACUUUUACAGCACAGUACGUCAUUAGACACAGAACUGGGUUAUUUUUUGUUUUGGUUUAUUUUUUUUCUGCUUUUCGAGGGUUGUGACUUGUGCAAUAUUCUUCAACAGACUUAAAUAAACAUUCAUUUAAUUCUCUUCUUA